UGGCUGGAGUGGUGAUAGUGAGUGUGUAGUUUCGUCGGGGUCUGGUUGGUCGCGGGGCAAUGGUCUAAGCGACCGCGGGAUGUGUUUGUGUGUCUAUCUGGGUUCCGCCAGGUGCAAACCAAUUCGCUUCUAGCUUGUACACGUGCUACCUACUUGUUAUGAAGUAGGCAAGUGUAGCAAAAUAGCGCUGUGAUACAACUACGCUCAUCAAAUUAUCCUCCGGAAUGGCGUCGCCGGCUUGACCGUCCACUGCGGCAUGGGCGGCGGACGCGGUCGCAUGCAGCUGGCGUUGGCGGCGGGCGGCGCGGCGCUGCUGCUGCUGCUGCUGCUGGCGCGCCUGCCGCCGCCGCCGCCGCGGCCCUUGCAUCUGCACCAGCUGUACUCCACCGACGAGCUGGAAACCGUGGAGCUGCUGGUGGCGGAGCCCAGCUCCCUGCCGCCCUCCGCCGCGCCGCCCCAGCCCGUGCCCGCUAGCAAGAAGACUCCGCCGGCCGGCAAGAAGGCUCCGCCCGCUGGUAAAAAUAAACCGCCCGCCGGCAAGAAGAAUCCUGCCGCCGGCAAGAAGACUCCGCCCCCCGGCAAGCCGCAUGUCAUACUUACUAAGGAGCUGUACGUGUCGGGGCACCGCGUGGCGCACCCGGAGCUGUGCCCGCGGCUGGGCGCGGGGCUGGCGCUGCUGGUGCUGGUGACGUCGGCGCCGGCGCACGCGGCUGCGCGGGACGCCGUGCGCCUCACGUGGGGCAGCUUCGCGGCGCGCAGCGACGUCGCCAUCGGGUUCGUCAUCGGGGAGGCGCCGCCGCAGUACCGCGAGGCGCUGGCCCGCGAGGACGCGCUGUACGGCGACGUGAUCCAGGGCAACUGGGUGGACUCGUACUCCAACCUGACGCUGAAGACGCUCUCGAUGCUGGAGUGGGCCGAUACGUACUGCCCGCGGGCGCCGCGGGUGCUCAAGACGGACGACGACAUGUUCAUCAACAUCCCGCGCCUGCUCAAGUUCCUCGCCGACCCGCAGCGGGCCAACGCCACUAAAACCAUAUGGGGGAAGGUGCUGAAGAAGGCGUACCCGAAGCGCAUCCCGGCGUCCAAGUACUACCUGUCGCGCGUGCAGUGGCCGGGCGCGGCGCUGCCCACGUUCGCCACGGGCCCCGCCUACGUGCUGAGCGCCGACUGCGUGCGCCCGCUGCUGCGCGCGGCGCCGGCGCGCGCCUACCUGCGGCUGGAGGACGUGUUCGUCACGGGCGUGCUGGCGGGCGCCUUGGGGCUGCGGCGCCAGCACGCGCCCGAGUUCUACAACAAGAAGGUGGCGCCGCACCCCUGCGCCGUGCAGCGCGGCGUGGCCAUCCACAUGGUGCGCUACCACGAGCAGUUCGACCUGUGGCGCAAGCUGCUCGACGGCCAGACCAAGUGCAGCUAGCGGCCCGGCGCCCCGCCUUGCGGAUGAGCGGCUUCGAGCCGGGAGGCUUCGACGCGAGUGGCUCGGCUCGAUGUCGGUGGCUACGAGACCGGUGGCUCGAAACCGGUGGCCGUUGCGGUUCUUGGAAUCUUAAUCUUUACCGCUUCGUACACGGAACUGCGCGUGUGUUCGAUACCGUCCAGACUUUAGUAACAUUUUGUCCUGUAAGUACUUAAAACGGUGUCCUUCUUAAAGUCGUCGGGUAUCGAAGACUUGCGUAGCUUUGUGUCCUACCUGCUACUUUAAGAUUCGAGACUCGCAGUCUCUACACCCACCCGCAGAGCAGUAACACGACGGAUCAUUAAAUACUUGUAAGCGCUUCCGAGAUUGUGUUCGAAUGAAAUUCUAUUUUCUCUUUUAUUACAAAAUGUAAUUUGCGAUGAAUCUACGUAUUUGUAACGUAAAUCUGUGCAGUGUAAUGACGUGAUGUGUUACUGGCUCUGUAUUGUAAUAUAUUAUCAAAUUGCAUUUGGUGACUUAGAUUGUAUUGUCUCGAGUUUCAUUAUAACUUUAAAAAUGGCUCGAAUCGUAGAUAUAUCUCAAUGUACUAUGAUAUGCUAUUAUUAAUAACAUGUCGUUAUAAUGAAUUUUGGCAAAGGUAACUCCUGGGGGGUUGAAAUGGCCACGUUCAUCUUAAAGCAAUAUUGCAAUUUAACAUUUGCGCGUAUAAAAGUAAGUGCGCAUGGUCAACAAAUGUUGAAUAGCAAUAUUGCUUUUUAGAUGAAUUCCAUCAAUGUGGCCUUUAAUACACCCUGGUUAUAUAACAAAAUUGUAAUUACGGAUAUGUCAGUCAAAGAGACAAAUUAUUUUCGCCAGUUUGUAAAUAUAAAUUGACAAGACAUCCCUGGCUAUAACAAGCCAAUAGUAGUAAUGACACUGUACCGUGCUCCCCAGAGACCGGAAGACAUCACAACUUGUUAAAUUGUAAUUGUAACUCCAGCAUAAUAUAAGGUCGACGACUAAAGUCCGUUUUUUGACCGCACGCGAAUCUUUUGUCGUAUAUUUUUAUGACGUAUUUUUUAUAACAUUUUAUUUUAAUAUUAAGUCAUUUUAAACGUGAAGAAUUUAUUAAAAAGCGGACUUCAGACGUUACAUGAUGUAAUGACAUUAUAAUGCACGAUCGUUUAAAAACUCGCCUUUUGAGAACAAUGUUGAACACUCAGUCGCCAGCUUGCCUCUACGAUCUUGAAUGAAUGAGGCCUUUGACGGUUAUAUUGAAAUCAGUUAAGUAAGUACAAAUAGCUUAAUGUUUUUAAAUACGUUUAUAAACUUUGCGAGUCGUAUUUCACCGCCUGGCUGGCAGGUGGCGGUGGGGUUUCUAAAACCAAACUGAAUAAAGAAAGAAAAAUAAGACGCGACAUCCGGUUCCGGUUCUCAAAAGCGACAUUUUGAACAACCCAGUUUUUUAUGAAUUAUUAUUAUUAUAAUUAAUGAAUUACGUUUAUUUAUACAUUAUUUCAAAUUAGGAUUUAUUUUUACAAUUCUCAGUAUUUUCAUAGAAUUUAAAUUAUAUUUUUUUUAUUGUGUCGUAUUUUUUUGUGUAUUGUUUUUGGAGCAGUAUUUUUGUAUUGGCAUUGUGGUGUGAUGUGCUGCUGAUACGUGCGAUGUUGCGCUGCGCACCCUGUAACGUUAUUGGCGUGUUUCUUUAGCUGUCUCCAGAAGUCGCAUGAACUUGUAUCUUACGUAUCUUUGUUUAUCACAAAAAAAAUAAUUUGAGUGAAUGCACUAAUGCAAGUAUACAGAUUUAUUAGGACACUUUUAGGGCAAAAUAUCGUGAUACCCUGGAACUCGGCAUGAUAAGUAUUUUUGAUGGUAUGUUUUAUAUUUUUAAAUGAAAAGUCGUUCAUUCAAAACAUCUCCUAAAGUAGACUGAAGGAUGUGUGUGCCUUUGCCUUUUGCGUUUUGUCAAAAUCUGUCAAGCUGAUAUUAGGGUAAGGUGCCCAAACUUUGGGCGGUCCCUAAGAGUACUCAGGCCGAAUAUGAUAAAUAUUAAUAUUUUGUAAAUAUUACUUGCGAGUUUCCUUCUAAUGGAACUGUUUUACUUUAUUGCGAGGUACACACGUAAUGUUCACGCGUCUUCCCGAGGCCGUUUUUACGUAGUUGGAUAAAUUAUUGUUGAUACAUCACGUGAUAACUAUCGAUCACUGUGACUGUGGUGGUAUACUGCAGGCAUGAGGAGACACUAUUAAGAAUUCUUACAGCUGGUGCCUUGUGCGCACAAGGCACCAGUAGGGCGCCGUGUAUACGAGUAACAGCACGGCUGUAACAGCAAGGACCCAGUGUACCUUCGUACUAGCAAAUAAUGUAAAUUGUAUGUAGAAUAAGUACAAGGCUGUGGCGAGCAACGCCGCGGUAUGACGUAUAGUUUUGUAUUUUGAAUGAUUAAUUGUGAUUUACUUCUUAAUAUACUCAGUACAUGAACAACGACGGGGUGGAGGCGAUGUUGUACGAAUUUAGUUAAAAAAAAACUGAUUUAUGUUGAUUGUAUGAAUUCAUUGUGAAUUUAGUGUAAUAUUUUAAAAUACGCUGGGAGUAAGCGGAAUUAUUAAAUAUAUUGAGAUUAAAAAAUAUAUUAUGUAUGUGAUGGGCGUACUGACUAAACGUUGAGGAAACCCGUUAGUUAUUUAUGACGUGUAGAAUUGUUUAAUAUUGGUAUAUAUGUUGUCAAUAUCUCCGUAUCUAGCGUCGCUAUAUAACGUCGCGUCGUCGCGGGAUCGCGGACCGACCACGAGCGACCACUAGUGACCACGAGCGAUCACGAGUGAUCACCGGACUGAUACCUGUACGAUCGACAUACAUAGGUGUUCUAUUUAAAUAAUUAUACAUACGUAAAAUAUAAUUAUAUAUUUUAUUUUUUUAUGGUUUAUUUAUUAUUUACUUACUGUUUUAUGGAUAUAUUUUGAGCUUUUGUAUUUUUUUAAAAUCUUGUUCCUUAAUUGUAUAUUUAUCAAUGAAAUACAAUUUUAUUAUAAAUUGUGCACGUUUUUUAAGGAAUUGUUGAUAGUUUUCAUGGUUGUCAUAAUUUAUUUAUUAUUAAGUACAUUCAUUUGUAACAAGAAUGAAUCAAAAAUAUUGCAAGACAUUCGUAUAGGCACAAGAUAGAUGUAUUGGUCUUAUAGUGGUAAGUGGUCGUGUGGUAGUCCAGCGGUGGUCGUAUAGUGAUUAUACUGUCGGAAUUGUCGUGCCAGAUGUAAAUAUUAAUAUACGUUAUAUCUCA